AUGCACAACACAGCAACCCUCAAUGGGCAAAGAAAUCAUCAAACAAGUCAACCUCCAAGCAAUAGAUCUCCAGGAAAUUUCCAACACAGCAACCCUCAAAACGAUCAUGAUGUUGAAUCCCAUUACAAUCAAGACGGAAAUCGAGCCAAAGGCUCAGUUCCUGGUGGAAUGUAUUACAAUGAUCAGGAAGCGGGAUGCUUAGUUCCGGUUGGAACUGUCCCCAAAGAGGGCCAAGGCGGAAUGCCUUCUGCCAAAGAGCAGCAUGAUCAAUUUGUCCAACCUUGUGAACGGCAAGAAAUGUAUCCUCCUCCUGAAGACUCGUAUCCUUCAGAUGAAUUGUAUCCUCCAACGGAUGGUCAAGGCUAUUAUCCAUACGAUGAUGCCUCUGAACAUUACCACUACUCUGAUGAAGCUCAUUGA